CUCGUUCAGCAGUUUCAGUUUCGAUGAAUGACGUUUAUGUGACGAAGUCGAAACUUAUCGACGGUAGGAACACGGGAAUCAACCGCAGCAGGACGUCCAGGGACGAGCGAGACGCGCAGUGAUCCCAGCACUUUGUUCGCACAUUCAUUGAUUUACGCUGCGUCAUAACGAUGGAAAAUGUGAACUAUAUAAACUACAUCAGUAAACUGAACGAAUAUGCUCAGAGAAAGCAGUUGAAACCAAAUGACGUGAAGUAUCUGGACCUCGGCUUGGAUGAAACAACGCAACUAUUCGUCCAGAGAGUGGUACUUAAAGGUGUAGAGUAUCCACAGGGUGUGGGGAGGACCAAGAAGGAGGCGAAACAGGAUGCUGCUAAAAAUGCCCUCAAGUGCUUGGAGGACCAACAAGACACAGAUACAGAUGAUGUAGCAGAAGCUUCCACAGUGUCCGGUCACCUGCUCCGAAGCAACCAGAACUAUACAUGCUGGCUCAACGAAUACGGUCAGAAGAACUGUGUGACUAUAAAACCUGUGGAGUCGAUGAAACCUGGGCCGAACAGCACAAUUUUCUGCUGUAGGUUUGUGGCUGGUGAUAAGGAAUAUCCAGAUGCCACUGGAAAGACAAGGAAGGAAGCCAAAGAGGAAGCAGCAAAGCUUGUGUAUGAAAUGAUAUGUGGCGAUAGAACAACAGAGUCUGCAGCUGAGAACUUCAAUCCUGCGUCAGAUCAACUGGAUGAUGAAACUGAUCCGAAUGUGUCUGAUGUCAUUAACCAAACAAGAAGCUUAAGUGUCAAAUCCCAAAACAACAGCGUUACAGAGAAAAAUUUCAUAGCAUUUAUCAACAACUACUGUCAGGAAAAAGAACUUGGGUAUUCAUUCAUUGAAAUGGGGAAAUCUGGACCACCUCAUAACCCUCAAUUUCUAUGCAAAUUAAUUAUCAACAACGAGGACUACCCUGUAGGUGUGGGUAAGAAUAAAAAGGAAGCCAGACAGCAUGCAGCUCAGCUGGCCUGGUCUGCUCUACAAGAAACAUCUGGCUGGGACAGCGAGGUGUCCUUCGGAUCAACAUUUUCUGAAUUUUCUGACAGUGCACCAACAACUUCCACAUUCACAUCAUUGUUUGACUCCAUUGAGCGUCUCGGCGAAGGAGGCUUCGGUUGUGUUUAUAAAGCCAGAGAGAAACUGUUGGACGAGGUUUGUGCUGUGAAGAUUGUCGCCUAUCAUGAAGAAGCGCUUGAUGAGGCAAAGAAGUUGUCAAAGCUCUUUAACGAACACAUCGUUCGUUACUAUCAUUGUUGGAUAGAGAAUUCAAAGUACGAAGAGGCGACAGGAGACAGGAGCACAGACAGUGUGAGCUCUGAGUCUGCCAGUACUUCACCAUCACAGUAUCUCUACAUUAAAAUGGAAUUAUGUGACACAAAAACACUUAGAAACUGGAUCGAUGAGAGGAACCAGAGGACCGAGCAAGACUUCAAGAGAAGAGAAGAGAGUCUGGAGAUCGUGCAGCAAGUCGUCACUGGAGUCGAGUACAUUCACUCCAAAAAGCUCAUUCACAGAGACCUGAAGCCUGCCAACAUCAUGUUUGGAGGCGAUGGAGCAGCAAAGAUCGGAGACUUCGGUCUGGUGACUGCUGACGACCCUGAGACGCUGCUGGAGAGAACGAGGUCCAGAGGAACCCCAAGUUACAUGGCUCCUGAACAGAAGAAUAAUCUAACGUGUGAUCGCAAGGUGGACAUUUUUGCUUUGGGUUUGAUUUUUUUCGAACUUUUUUGGAAAAUCUCCACUGGUCAUGAAAGAUUAGCUAUUUGGAUGGACGUCAGACAUCAGAGGUUCCCCGACGGGUUCACUGAUUAUUUUUUCCAAGAGGCACAAAUAAUAAAGCUGAUGCUGAGUGAGAAACCAGAGGAACGACCUGAAGCAAGUUCUCUGAAGGCAGAGGUGGAGAAGUGGACUCAGCAUUAUCUGGGAACUGUGACAAUCUGAGGCCUAAUGAAAUUAUUUAUAACCCGUUAAUACUGUUGAGGCCAAACAAAUCCGUUUCAACAGCAUAUAAUCAAAAGCAGGUUAUAGACAUUUUUACAUGAAUUCAUGUCUGUAUUCUGUUCUAAUUAAUCAUGUGUUGGGAAAUUAGAAUUUUAUGUUUUUCUGGGCUUUGUAUUGAAGGUUACUUUGACAAUAAAAUAAUGUUUUUGGUGAUAAGGUUUGAUGAAGUUCAAUAGGGGGUGUUGUCAGUAACUCAGGUAUUCAGAUAGGAAGCUGCUAUCUCAGCUGUCACUGGCUGAGAGGCAGACGCCACAGGGACAUGCCAUCAGUCUGUAACAGGGUCACACAAUAACAUCACUGUUACAGUAAUAAUUACUGUAAGUUCUCUGAGAGGUGAGAGUCCUCAACAUCACUUAAUAGGAAAAAAAAUAUGGGGAAACCUGUGAAUAAAAUGAGUCAAAAUUUACUCUGUACAAUAUUUGUGCAAACUGUGCAAUAUUUAUUUUAUACUUAUACAACAUACAAUAACCCUACCUAUGUCUCCACCCACUCUGUAUGUGUGCUGUUUGUGAGAUGAAAUUUCCCUAUUGUGGGACUAUUAAAGGGUUUCUUAUUCUUA